GACGACUUCGUCUCCUCGAUAUCUCCGUCAAUUGCGACCAGUCACUCAGUCAGUCAGGAUGAAGCAUCAUUUGAUGGUGGGCACUUGGACCCGUCCAGGCCGCAUCUAUACAGUUGCUUUCGAUGACGAGGCUUUGACUCUGGAAUUGGUUAAGAAGACUGACAUUCCAGAAGCUGAGCCGAUCUCAUGGAUGACUUUCUCUCAUGACAAAAAAACCAUCUAUGGUGCUGCCAUGAAGAAGUGGAAUAGCUUCGCAGUCAACAGCCCUACCGAAAUUGUCCACCAAGUAUCUCAUCCAGUUGCUGGGCAUCCUAUGGCCGCCAAUGAAGACACAAACACACGCGCAAUCUUCGUACUCGCAGCCCGCAAACCUCCCUAUAACGUUUAUGGAAAUCCGUUCUAUAAGUACGCUGGAUUCGGCAAUGUGUUCUCAGUAGAAUCGGACGGUCGUCUGGCCAAGAACAUCCAGAACUACGAGUACGAGCCGAACACCGGUAUUCACGGCAUGGUGUUUGACCCUACCGAAACCUACUUAUACUCUGCGGAUUUGCAGGCCAACAAGAUCUGGACCCAUCUCAAAGACCCUAAGACAGGAGAACUGAGUCUCGUCGAUUGUCUUGAGGCCCCUGACCCUGGCGAUCACCCUCGCUGGGUUGAAAUGCACCCCAGCGGCAAGUACCUCUAUGCUCUGAUGGAAGCUGGCAACCGCUUGGCCGUCUACGUCAUUGACGAGCGAACCCACAAGCCUGUCUUUACGCACAUCACAUAUCCUUUACUUCCUCCUGGCCUUCCCCCCCGCAACAAGUACCGCGGUGAUGUCACUUUCACUACUCGCAGCGGUGAAUAUCUUUUCGCAACUACCCGCAGCAACCACUUUGAUGUGACCGGUUACAUUACCGCUUUCAAGCUGGGCCCGAACGGCAACAUCGAGCGCCAGCUGUUUAUCCACCCUACUUCCACCAGCGGCGGCCACUCCAACGCUGUGAGCCCAUGCGACUGGAGUGACGAGUGGCUGGCGCUCUGCGAUGACCAGCUGGGCUUCGUCGAGAUUUACAGAUUCCGUGACGAGAAUCUUUCUCGCGUGGCACGUGUGGAUAUUCCAGAGCAAGGAUUCGGCAUGAACGCGAUUUGGUACGAUUAAAUAAUGAUAUAAAAAUAAAGACAUAGAACAAAUGGGAA